AUGGGCAUACUAGGGCUCAAGGGCAAGAAGAAGACGUCUGGUGACGUUACGCCAAGGCAGGAUGGAGGUCCGUCUCCAGUAAGAGAUGUGAAUGAGAAGCCGUUUGGGGCUGGGGGUCACGAUGAUAUUGAGAAGAGAGAUAUGGACAACUCCAAGGUCACAGUCUUUCGAGGAUACACACUCGCCGUCGCAGCUAUUGUAUCGAUCGGUGGAUUUAUCUUUGGUUAUGACACUGGUCAGAUCUCAGGCUUUUUGGAGAUGAAGGACUUCCUCGGCCGUUUCCACAAUCGCGGAGACACUGACACAACCUGGGCUUUCACUGAUGCAGUCUCCGGAACAAUCGUCGGUCUUCUCAGCAUUGGUACGCUCUUUGGCGCACUGUGCUCCGCUCCAAUCGCAGACAGAUUCGGCCGCAAGAUCUGCAUCAUCUUCUGGAACAUCAUCUUCUGCGUGGGAGUCGUCAUCCAGAUUGCCGCUACAGACAAAUGGUACCAGGUUGCGUUAGGUCGAUGGGUUGCCGGUCUGGGAGUUGGCGGUCUGUCAGUCCUGACGCCUAUGUAUCAGUCCGAGUCAGCGCCUCGCCAGAUUCGAGGAUCUAUGGUCGGGACGUACCAGCUAUUCAUUACCCUCGGCAUCUUCACCGCAUACGCCAUCAACUACGGCACCGAGGCCAAGCAGACAACAACCGUGAACGGACAGGAAGUCUUGGUAGGCAGAUCACCAACGCUGGCAAGCUCUGCACAAUGGCGCAUCCCAAUGGGCGUGGGCUUCAUCUUCCCACUCUGCAUGGUUCUCGGAAUCGUGUUCCUACCGGAAUCGCCUCGAUGGGACUACCGCAACGGCAACAUCGAGCGAGCCCGCAAAUCGAUUGCUCGAGCCUACGGCGUCAGCGAAAACCACUGGGAGGUCCACCGCGAGAUGAAGGAAAUCAAGGAGAAGUACGACGCUGAGUUCGCUGGUGGCGGCAAGCACGUUUGGUACGAGAUCUUCACAGGACCACGGAUGGCAUACAGAGUCAUGCUGGGUGUUACUCUCCAGGCUCUCCAACAGCUUACAGGAGCGAACUUUUUUUUCUACUAUGGGACAACGAUCUUCCAGGCCACUGGACUGGACAACAGCUUCGUCACCUCCAUGAUUCUGGGAGCUGUCAACUUCGUCAUGACGUUUCCUGGUCUUUUGGUUGUUGAGAAGCUUGGACGACGACGUGCGCUGAUGUGGGGUGCAGGCUGGAUGUUCACGUGCUUCAUGGUCUUCAGCUCUGUUGGUCACUUCUCGCUCGAUCGUGCUACUCCAACGAACACACCAACCGCUGGAACCGUCAUGAUCGUCUUCGCCUGUCUCUUCAUCGCAGGUUAUGCCAUGACUUGGGGUCCAGUUAUCUGGGUCGUUGUCGGUGAGCUGUUCCCAACAAGAUACCGAACCAUGUGCAUGGGUAUCAGCUCAGCCUCCAACUGGAUCUGGAACUUCCUCAUCUCCUUCUUCUCCCCCUUUAUCACCUCCGCCAUCGACUUCCGCUACGGCUACAUCUUCGCCGCAUGCUCCUUCGCCGCAAUCCCGUUCGUCUACUUCUUCCUCAUGGAACACCAAGGUCGCUCUCUCGAGGAGAUUGACACAAUGUACAUCACACACGUCCCACCACGCAAGAGCAGCAAAUGGGUUGCACCAGAGGGUGAGGACCUUGUGACAGCCGAUGCUCUCUACCUUACGCCAGGUGCACGAGAUAUCCGUAAGGCGGAUGCGGCUGGUAUGGAGAGCACACAACAGAGGGAGACGAUCCCAGACCAUGCGGUGCCGGAUGUGUCAGGCAACGAGAUACCGGAGAGUUCGGGGGUGAGGGGGCAUUCGGUCACGCAAGUGCCGCAGGUGCAGCGAUAUUGA